GAGAAAAGGGGGAGAGAAAAGAGAGAAGGGAGAGAGAGAGAGAGGGAGGAGGAAGAAGGGAAGGAUAAAGGUGGGUCCCACAAUUUAUUUUAUGUAUGAAUGACAGAUGGAUCCCGCAGGUAUUUUUUUAAUUAUAAUGUCACGUAAGCGGCACGUGGAAUGAAAACCGGGUUAGCACCGCCACGUCAGCACCACAUCAGCAAAACUGCCCUCCAAAACCGCUCGAAGAGUCAAAUUGCACUGGUUUCAGUAAUUCAGGAGUCGUCCUACCCGGUUUUACAGUUAAGGGUCACGAAUUAAAUUCGGUGAAUAAUUAAGGGAGUCUAAGUGGACUUUUUCCUUUGUGGAUAGAUAAUGUGGCCCUAAUCCAUGCGCUCGGUUGAAGUGAGCAUAUCGAUCAAAUACGGACAUAGGAGUACGUUGUUUUAACUUUUAACUGAGUUUGCUAAGUAGCCAUACUGCCAUACUCCUGUUAGAGUAAACAUCUCUCCACACUAGUACGAGUACUUAAAAUAUAUGACAGUCAAAAUAUGUCUGUUCAAUCUGGAACAUGAAGCAUGUGCAGUUAAUGCGUUCAAUUCACCACAUGGUUAAGCCCAAGCGGCGGUAAAAAGAAGUGUCCGGUUUUCAAUCAGUUUACAGUACAAAAUUAGCAAUCUCGAUGCAUAGGAUUCAGAUGAACGGUCAACCACGCAAAACGGGCAGCAGCAACGCAGAUGUAUAGCUUCGUAGUGGUCGACUAAACAAGUCUACGAGAUGUGAACCGCGGUCUGGAGCAAAGGCGCAGCGCCUAGUCCCACGCAAAUUAACCUCCUAGUAAUAAUUUUCUCCUCCUAAUCUCCUAUAGUAGUACUACUAUACUGCUAGCUGCUGCGUUUGUCUUUGCUUGCAGCAUAGUGCACCACACUACACCGUCCGCUCAGCGAAGGCGAUAUAACAGCAAUGCAGGUGCAGCAACGCAAGCCCAAGGCUUGCGCCGAGAGCGCCGCGGCGGCGCGAGGAGCGGAUCAGCAGCAGUGCGACGGCAGGCCGCUGGAGGCGGGCGAGGAGUCCCUGGAGCGCUCCGUGCCGCGGAAGAGGAAGCCAGCUGCGGCGGUGGCUGCUGCCGAGAAGCGAUGGAGCUCCGUGGCCUACGUCGUGCUCGCCGCCUUUGUCAUGGCGACGGUCUUCGCCGUUCUUGGCGGGCGGCGCCCCGCCGUCUGGAUCGCCGCCACCAAGGCCCUGCGUCGAGGUUCCGACGAUAAAUCGAUUCCAUUGGCACGAAGCGCCGCUGACAAACUCCUCGGCGGCCUCUUGCCCGAAGGAUUCGACGAGAAAUCAUGUCGCAGCAGGUACGAGUCAUACCUGUACCGCCGGAACCCGGGCCGACGACCAUCUCCGCACCUCGUGGCGCGGCUGCGGAUGCACGAGGAGCUCCAGAGACGGUGCGGCCCCAACACGGAGUCGUACAACCGCGCCGUGCAACGGCUGAGGGACGGCGGCGCCGCCGAGGCCGACGCGCACUCGCCGGACGACGAGCAGUGCAAGUACGUGGUCUCCAUCUCGUACCGCGGCCUCGGGAACCGCAUCCUCGCCGCCGCGUCGGCCUUCCUCUACGCGGUGCUCACCGGCCGCGUCCUCCUCGUCGACCCGAGCAACGAGAUGGACGAGCUCUUCUGCGAGCCGUUCCCCGGCACGACGUGGCUGCUCCCACGCGACUUCCCGCUGGCGUCGAGCUACGCGAACUUCAGCGCCGACACCGCCGAGAGCUACGGCAACAUGCUGAAGAACAAGGUGCUCGGGACGGACGGGAGUACUGACGGUGACAUGCCCGCGGCGCAGAUGCCGGCGUUCGCGUACCUCCACCUGGACCACGACUACGGCGACGGCGACAAGAUGUUCUUCUGCGACGACGACCAGCGGCUGCUGUCGAACAUCCAGUGGCUGGUGAUGAGGACGGACACCUACAUCGUGCCGUCGCUGUUCCUGGUCACCACGUUCCAGGACGAGCUCGACGCGCUCUUCCCGGAGCGCGACGCCGUGUUCCACCACCUCGGCCGGUACCUGUUCCACCCGGCCAACCAUGUCUGGGGCCUCGUCGCGCGGUACUACCGCGCGUACCUCGCGACGGCGCGGCAGCUGGUCGGCGUCCAGGUGCGCGUCUUCGACCACCGGCAGGCGAAGUCGCCGCACGUCGUCCUCGAGCAGAUCACGUCGUGCGCGUGGAAGGAGAAGCUGCUCCCGGAGGUACUCGACGCGGUGGAGGACGCGGCCAUGCCCACGCCACCGACGACGCCGCACGGCGGGAGCAACAACUCCAAGGCCGUCCUGAUCACCUCUCUCCGGCCGUGGUUCUACGAGCGCGUCAAGGCUAUGUACUGGGAGCGCGCGACGGCGACCGGCGAGGACGUGAGCGUGCACCAGCCGAGCCACGAGGAGUACCAGCACUUCGGCGAGAAGUCGCACGACGGCAAGGCGUGGGCGGAGAUGUACCUCCUGAGCCUGUGCGACGUGCUGGUGACCAGCGGCUGGUCGACGUUCGGGUACGUGGCGCAGGGGCUCGGCGGGCUGAGGCCGUGGGUGAUGUACAAGCCGGUGAACAUCACGGCGGUGCCGGACCCGCCGUGCGGACGGGACGUGUCCAUGGAGCCGUGCUUCCACUCGCCGCCGUUCUACGACUGCAAGACGAAGCGCGGAGUGGACACCGGGACAAUACUGCCCCACGUUCGGCACUGCGACGACGUGAGCUGGGGAUUGAAGCUUGUUGAUCCGAAUGGAAGUCCGAACUAGUACAACUGUAUAAGGCUUCAUGCUGCAAAAGCAAACUUUACAAAGAUUUCAUUUGCAUGUUUUUUUUUUGGGCCGGGAUGGCCGAAGAAAAGACCACCGGAAUGUUAUUAAGGUUGAGGGAAAAAUUAAAAGAGAACACCAUAAGGAUAUUGAGGUCGGUUCCUUUAAUUCUAGAAACCGCACACCAACCACAAAUACAGGGAUAGAAGAUGUGUCCCCCUCCCAACUCAGGAUUUGGAUCUGGUGCAGUCGUUAAUGUGACUGCAUAAGUUGCGGUUCGGAUCCAAGAGUCAAAAUGCAUCCGGGUAUUAUAUUACACUGUAGCAAAACAUAUUUACUAUUUUUUACAUCGGCACUAUAACCAAUGAUCUGGUCCGUUCAUCAACAAAAUGGAUGGCCCAUAUUUUGUGCA